AUGCUGCGUCGGGCUUGUUUGUCGAGCGCGAUAGCCCUGCGAAGGCGGUUUGUUCCGCCGUGGGAUCGUAAUGGGGAGUCCGCCGAUGCGUUCUUCGCCGGGCUCCUCACGAGCGCCAACCCGAUUCAACGGCAACGCCGGGAAAAGCAGCGCGCCGAGGCCGCGGAGGAGGCCGCGGUGGCCGCGCAUCAACCCAUCCAGGCGGAGGCACACCGCCUGGCGGAGAUGGCCGCCCUGCACGAAACGCGGAUCGCGGAAAAGCGCAAUUUUCUCCCCUACGGCGCGACGCCGAAGAAGUACUUCAGCACCAGCCAAAUGGCCGCGUGGGGGGAGUACCAAUCGAGCUUGACGGGGGCGGCGAGUUCGGCGCCUUCGGAGGGCGCCGGGAAGGCCGCGGGAGGUGGGGGAAGCGAAGGCCCAGGGGAGUCGUUUGGGUAUUCCGAGGAAACCCAACGCGUGCUCGCGGAGGAGAUGCACAGCAAGAUUCCCUAUCGCUACACCACCUACAUUCCCCCUCCUCCUUCGGGAGAACCGCGGCGGUGGCCGCUGCACGGCACCGCCGGGAUUGUCUUCGACAUCGACGGCGUCGUUCGCCGGGGGCGGUGGGUCGUUCCCGGCGCCGAUGACGCCAUUCGCGUGCUUCAAACCCUCCGCAUUCCUUUCGUUUUUCUCACCAACGGCAGCGCGUGUAGUGAGGCGGAGAAAGCGCGGGAGCUUUCCCAGCUCCUCGGCUGCGAGAUCGCGGCGACGCAGGUGAUUCUCGCGCACAGCCCGAUGCGGCUGCUCGCGCCGCGGUUUCGAGGGGAGCGGGUGGUGGUGGGGGGGCCCCCUCGCUGCGCGGAGAUCGCGCGGGAGUACGGCUUUGACGGCGCGAUGAGCAUCCUUCAAUAUCAAGCCGAGCAUCCGGAGAUGGUGCCGUUCAAGAAAUGGGCGCGGGAGGGGCUGCUAGGGGGGAUUUCGGAGCCCGGCGAGGUCCCGUUCCCCCCUGUCGCCGCCGUUUUUCAGUUCAGCGACGUCGAUGACGCGUUUAAUGAUAUUCAGACAACGUUGGACCUGUUGCUUUCCCCACAAGGUCGAGCAGGACGGUUUGUGAGUGGGGUGCAGACGAUCCCGUACUUUCAGGCGGCGGAUGAUUUGUUGUGGUCGACGGAAGCGCCGCUUCCACGGCUCGGGCAGGGCGCCUAUCGCGAGAUGCUCGCAGCCGUCUUCGAAAGCGUCUCCGGGCGGGGGCUGCAGACGACUUGUUAUGGCAAACCCCGCGCGAUUGCCUUCGCCUACGCGGAGCAACGCCUCAGAACCGUUUCAGAAGCCCUUGGGUGGAAAACCGAGGAUCUUCGUGCGAUUUUUAUGGUUGGGGAUAAUCUUGAAACGGAUAUCCUCGGCGCGAAUGCCGCACAAGGGCUUUGGACGAGUGUGCAUGUGCUUUCUGGGAUUAGUCAGGCCCCUGCCGCGGCGCGGACGAUGGGAGAGGCGGAUGAGGAGUUCGAGUGGUUGGCAACGGCGCCGUCGAGGGUGCCGCAUUACGUCGCUCCCACGAUGGAUCAUUUCGUGCGGGAGCUCCUCGCCUUCCCAGAGGAUGCGGUGCUUCAACACAGGACGCGGUACUACGGGAAGAUAAACCCGAUCGAUCUCGAGGAAACGUAUAAUUUCCGCGUGAAAGGAUGA